AAAAAAAGCUACACUCCUCCUCUAGUCCUCUACACGAGUCUUGAGCCAUUCUCAGUAUCGGAAAAAAGCAGAUAGAGCAGCUCUCGAAAACCCUAGUCGCCGUCGCCGAUACAAAUUUAAGCAAAUUGGCCCCGGAAGACUCAAUUUGAUUCAUCUCCGAAACCACAGGUUGCUCUAUUUUACUUUGAUUUCCUCGAAUUCGAAGCAGCUAUGCCGCCAAAGGCAUCGAAGGCCGACGUGGCCAAGAAGCAGAAGGUGGUGGAGGACAAGACCUUCGGCCUGAAGAACAAGAACAAGAGCAAGAGUGUCCAGAAGUACGUCCAGCAAAUCAAGUCGUCAGUCCAGCCCAAAGUCGACCCUACCAAAGCUAAGAAAAAGAAGGAGGAAGAGAAAGCCAAAGAGAAGGAGCUUAAUGAUUUGUUCAAGGUUGCUGUUAGUCAGCCAAAAGUGCCACCGGGUGUGGAUCCCAAGUCCAUUGUGUGCGAGUUUUUCAAGGCCGGGCAGUGUACUAAAGGAUUCAAGUGCAAGUUUUCUCAUGAUUUGAAUGUCCAGAGGAAGGGUGAAAAGAUUGACAUUUACAGUGAUAAGCGCGACGAUGAAACAAUGGAGGAGUGGGAUCAAGAGAUGUUGGAAAAGGUUGUGGAGUCAAAGAAGAAUGAGUAUAACCAGAAUAAGCCCACUGAGAUUGUUUGCAAGUUCUUCUUGGAGGCAGUCGAAAAGAAACAGUAUGGUUGGUUCUGGGUUUGUCCAAACGGUAGCAAAGAGUGCCACUACCGACAUGCUCUUCCUCCGGGCUAUAUUUUGAAGUCUCAGAUGAAGGCACUUCUUGAGGAAGAAUCUCACAAGAUUGCCAUUGAGGACGAGAUUGAAAACCAGCGUGCUAAAGUAACAACAUGUACUCCGAUGACUACUGAGUUGUUCAUGCAAUGGAGGAAUAAGAAGACAGAAGAGAAAGAAGCUGGCCUGGCUGCACAACGAGCAGAUAGGGCUAAGAAUGACCGCAUGAGUGGUCGUGAGUUGUUUCUUGCGGAUGCAAGCUUGUUUGUGGAUGAUGCUGAAGCAUAUGAAAAAUACCAAAGACAAGAAGAACCUGAAGCAUCUGAAGAGAAGAUCAAAGGCAACUCUGCAGCAGUGGGACCAAGUAGCUCUACUAGUGCUGCUGGUUCUGAAGAAGUCCCUGUUGAUGAUGAUGAGGAUGACGAUGAUGAGUUGGACUUGGAUGAGUUAAAUGAACUCGAAGCAAGUUUGUCAAGAACAUCGAUUCAGAUACGGGAACCGGGAAUAGAGGCUUCUUGAGAGGGAGAAAGGACAGUUUGCUAGUGGAUGGCCAAAAAGGGACUUAUGUCCACAAAUGUGAGAGGAAUAAUAUAUUAUCUAAAAUAGGAUUGCCUACUAUCUUAUGUUAAAAUCUUGGUGCCUUCAGGAAGUCAUUAAGUCAUUUAUGCAAGGAAAAAUCCAAUUUUGAUUCAGACUCCUGCUGUUCAAAUAACAUUUUCUGUUUGUGUAUCACAAUUCUUAGUUUUCUAUAUUUUCAACCGCGAACCAUUUGAGGGCUUCUGCUA